AUGCGGGACAUGAGACGCCUUCCGAAGAGAGAUCUCCAAAGCCAGAGCCAGAGCCAAAGCCCAAGGCAACGAAGGGCUAAGGCCCGUGGUGAUGAUCAUCCUCAUGCUCUCGCUCUCGGUCCUGUUAGGGUCGCCCACCGGCAUGACCCUAGCCCUAACCCCAUUGAACAGGAACAGUCUCACGCUCAGGCCCAAUCUCGGGCCACGGACGUUUCGUAUUUUGGUGCCCUUCCAAAGCAGCCUGAAUUGGAACCGCAAUCUGGGUUGGAACUUGACGUUGAGGAUAACGGGUUCCUAGUGGACAUGCUAGGUUAUGACCAGCGGUUCAUGCUUUUGAAUCAUCUGGACAUGAAUAUGAACAUGAACAUGGGCUAUAGCUGGAUGUCCAUUGUACCGCUGACAGAGGACCAGAUGGUUCAUAGGUGGCAGCUUGAUACUUCGCAGGAUCUUACUAGGACUAGACGGCUGGUGCUGGAAUCUGCGUUAUCCACGGCUGGCCGGGUUCUUAGUAGUAUGGAGCAGCGCACUGAGAUGGAGGUAGAGGACGGCCAGAGCCAUAUUCCCUCGUUGGAGCUUUUGUAUUGGAUGUUGAAUGACAUCGGCAGCGACAAAUUCGGCUCGUUCAUCUCAGACUACUUCAGACACGUUAGCAAAAACGAUCUCAAACAUAUGGGGCUAUCUCUUAUAUCCAACACCGCGACGCCCCUUGAUUCAACGCUGUACACUGUCUGCGUCAACUCCCUCGCAUUCAAGUUCCUCAACGCAACACUCGCCACCAGCCAGGACGACGACGAACUAUCCCAGAACCUCCACCAUAACGCCCUGCUCUAUCGGGAGACGGCAAAAGCAACACUAAAAAAGAUUCCCCUACUCACAAAACCCUCCCUACCCCUACUACAAGCCCUACUAUGCGGCAUCUUUCUACACCAAGGGUCAGGCGAUACCAAUACCUGCCGCGAGCUAGCGAAGACCGCAUGCCGCGUCUGCAUAGACAUCGGUCUUUAUCCGGGUAGUUUUAAUCUCAAAGCCGUCACCGAAGCCGAGUACUACUGCUUCAUGUGGUGUUACAAACUCGAUAGGAACUAUGCGUGGAAAUUCGGCGGGCCUCAGAUUCUGAAUAUCGACCCGAACAUCCUUAUCAGCCCGUCGACACCGAAUAUCACCGCCUCCGAGCUCAUCCUUGUUAACCUGGAACUCGCCAAAGUCCAAGACGCAAUGAUACCUUUCUUGAACGAUCCCGCCAAAGCAGCUAGGGAUAAUGCCUUCCAGCCUGUCCAUGGGGUUGGAACCAUCUUUUUGCAGAAAAUGGAGGCUAUCCGGCAUGAUAUCAACCAAAUCAAAACCCCCUCCCCGAAAUGGACAGGCCUCGAUCCCGCCAGCGAAAUCGCCACCCUUGAGUUCGCAUACCACUGCAUCCUCACUAAUCUCCUGCACCUGCGCCAGCUUGCUCUCAGACAGGCCCAGCCCGCAAUGACCGUAGACACAUACCUCGAUUCCGCCCGCCGGGGGCUCCAGGCGCUCAUCUCGCUCUGCGCGUCUAGCGAUAGACAGAAGACAGUCGCUUAUUUGCACUGGACCCUUUUAUACUACCCCAUAACAGCAUACAUCGCGCUCUUCUGCAACGCGGUCGCGACCUCCCACAGUGGCGACUUUGCGAUCCUGACCACCGUCUCACGCUGUCUGGCACAGAUGGGCCCAUUGAGUCCGCCGAUUGCGGCGAUACAGGGCCUAUUUCAAGAGUUUGUUGAGCUAUGUCGGUGUUUCUUUUUUGAUGCGGGUGGUUAUUUAGGUGGUGAGGUGGUUAAUACUAAUCUAGAUGUGAGGGUUGAGGGAACUGGGAAUGGGAAUUAUCUGAUGUCGUUGGCUUUGCCUUUUGGAUCGGAGGCUGCGUCUACGGUUAUGGGUGUGGGCGAGGAGGGACAGGGGUUUUUGACGGCAUUGGAGGAUUUUUAA